AUGGGAGCAGGAUCCUCCUCGCUGACGAACGCCUCCCCGAAAUCCGGCCUGCACAUCCUGCGCGUUACACCCGCUUCACCAGCCUCUCAGACUAGCAUCGAGCCGUUCUUCGACUUCAUCGUCGGCUUCGAUGAGGACACAUCACACAACAUAGAUGCUAUGGGAUCAGAGCUGGAGAAGAUUGUUGAGCAGCAUGAGGGUCAGACGUUGCGACUGUAUGUUUGGAACAGCAAAAGCCAGGAUACGCGAGUGGUCCCCAUCCGUCCUUCGCGCGAAUGGACCGAGCUCUCGAAUGGCGCGCAUCCUACGGAGCCGGAAGCUGACGCGCGCCCGUCUCUGCUGGGUUUGAGCAUGCGAAUAUGUGACCCUUCUACUGCAUUGGACAAUGUAUGGCACGUCAUGGACGUUUUGGAAGGCAGCCCCGCAGAGAUGGCUGGCUUGGUACCCUAUGGUGACUGGGUCAUUGGCUGGUCCGGUGGAGCUUUGAGCGCGGAAGGGGACUUCUACGACGUGGUCGAAGCACAUAUCGACAAACCGCUUAGGAUCUACGUUUACUCUUAUGACUUUGACACUAUAAGAGAGGUCGUUGUGAUCCCCAAUCGUCAUUGGGGAGGAGAGGGCUUACUCGGAUGCAUCUUUGGCUUCGGGCUUCUUCACCGUAUCCCGCCUCCUUCCGCGGAUCGACAGCCAGGGUCCCUUCCCCUUGAACUCGAGGCGGGCGAUGAACCGGAGAGUCUCUUCGUGCCUGCGGAUGACCUGCAGCCGCGACCCGGCUUAGCAGAGACUAUAUCCUCUGCAACGUCUCUACCUGCGUCUACGCAUAUACGGCACGAUCAGCCAGGACGGCACGCCGUACAUGGAGGCCAUGCCCACCAUCAUCAUUCACAGAGCAGUCAUGAGGAGGACAGACACGCGCACGAUCAUGGGCACGACCACGAACACGACCACGAACACGCGCACGAUCAUGGGCACGAUCACGAUCAUGACCACGACCACGACCAUAAUCACCACCAUGACCACGACCACCAUGACCACCAACCCGCACAUGCUCAUCGCCAUGCACACUCGCCUAGUCCUGCAAGCCGACCAAGCUCUCCAUCCCCUCUCACACGUCCGGGGUUCCCCCGCGGUUCCACACCCCUGCGGGCUAGCUCGUUCACGUCCCAGCGUCCUGCUUCCCCCGGGUUCUCCCAUGGCGGUAUGCCCUGGCUUCUCAGGAUUGCGGUCGCCUCCGCAGAACCUACCGCGGUCUGA